AUGGAGAGAAUGCAGAUGAUGGCUUCUUUCAUGGCUGCUAACGCUGAGGAGGAGGGAGAUGAGGAGGAAGAGGAGGAGGGGGAGGAGGAGGGAGAGGAGGAGAGAGAGGAGGAGGGCGAUGGGUCGGGAGAGGACAGGGGGGACGCCCAUAUGAAGGACAGUGAAGACGGAGGGGGGCACUUCACGGAAACCCCGGUGAUGACAGGCGCAUCAUGUGAUGGAAGAGCAAUGCACAUCUGCAUGCACAUGACACCUGAUUUCUGUCCCUCUCAAACGGUCUCUCUGUCUCUCUGUCCCUCUGUGUCUCUCUGUCCCUCUCUCUGCCGCUCUGUCCCUCUCUCUGUCUCUCUGUCUCUCUGUCCCUCUCGAAUGGUCCUUCAUUGUGAUAACAUGCAAUACAACGAGCUAGUUUAUAAAUCAGGCACAGGCAUGCAAGGGGGGCUGCCUAAGGCAGUUCAAAGUCCGGCUCGAGGAUGUCUCUGUCCCUCUCUGUGUUUCUCUGUCCCUCUCUCUGUCUCUCUGUCCCUCUCUCUGUCUUUCUGUCUGCUGGUUCAACACUCCCCGGGAGCAGUGAGUCGCUGA